AUGCAACCCGCGUACGAGAGCGACUCUGCCUCAUCGCUAUCGGACGAGGUGAGCAUGAACAUUGCCUCCUACCCGGCCCCCAGCGACCCGUCGUACCCACGGUUCCCGCCCCCGCCACCCACGGCGUCGGUGCGUGAUGAUGUGGCGAGCGAGCCUCCGCCGCGCGCUCGUCCCCUCGAGGCGUUGCCUCCGGUGGUGGUGGCCCCGUCGGUGCUUCUUCCGCCGCCGGUGCCGAGCCCCGGGCCAGACAGUCCGCGGGCUGGGGCCGCCGCCGCGGGCAAGUCGAAGCGAAAGACGAUAUUGGAGCGGAUCGAAGGAUGGUGGGAUCUGGGGUUGCUCGAAAAGAGGCAAACGCUGUUCGGCGGUGGCAACAAGUUGUCAGCACCGCGAUGA